AUGUCGAAGACGAAGUCAAGUCAGGAUUCCCUCAGCCAACCCCAGUCUGUCCUCGAGAAGCCCCAGAUCGAGGUCUAUGAAGACAAGGAGGCUAACGCGUAUUCUGAUGAUACGCCCACUUUCAACAAGGAGCGUACUGGCAGGCUCCUCCGGAAGCUGGACUGGAAUAUCGUCCCUUUCCUCUCCCUUCUCUACCUGCUAUCGUUCUUGGACCGAACAAACAUUGGCAAUGCCCGUCUCGCUGGAAUCGAAGCCGACCUGGGCAUGGAGGGCCUUGACUACAACAUCGCCCUCGCCGUGUUCUUCCCGUGGUAUGUCGCGGCCGAGAUUCCCUCCAAUAUCAUGAUGAAGCGCACGAGCCCGUCACUUUGGCUCUGCAUUAUCAUGGUUGCAUGGGGUGUCUGCAUGACGCUCAUGGGUCUCGUCACCAACUUCGCCGGCCUUCUCGCCGUUCGCAUGGCUCUCGGACUCGCCGAGGGUGGUCUCUUCCCCGGUGUUACCUGGUACAUCACCCUCUGGUAUCGCCGGCACGAGUGCGGUCUCCGCAUGGCCAUCUUCUUCUCUGCCGCCACUCUCGCCGGUGCCUUCGGCGGCCUCCUGGCCCGUGGCAUCUCCGAGAUGGACGGUAUUGGUGGGAAGCCAGGUUGGGCUUGGAUCUUCAUCAUCGAAGGUAUCGCAACCGUUAUCGUCGCAUUCUUCGCUCGCUGGAUCAUCAACGACUCUCCUGAGACUGCGAAGUUCUUGACCGAGGAGGAACGUCGGGAAGUCAAGGAUCGCCUAAAGCAAGAUCGCACUUCUCUCGCCGAUGAGUACCACAUCAAGUACUUCUACGAAGCGGUCAAGGACUGGAAGAUCUAUGUUCACAUGAUGAUCACUAUUGGCAUCUACACUCCCCUUUACUCGAUCUCGCUCUUCCUUCCCACCAUCGUCCGAAACAUGGGCUACACCAACAACGACUCGCAGCUCAUGAGCGUGCCCCCAUACGUCGCCGGAUGCGUUGCCACUAUUGCAUCAGGUUAUUUCGCCGACAAGACCCAGCGGCGUGGCGUGUUCAUGAUGUUCCACUGCAUCGUCGCCAUUGCUGGCUUUGUCAUGCUCGUCGCGACCGACCAGCCCCAAGUUCAAUAUGUUGGCACUUUCCUUGCUGUUGCUGGUAUCUACCCCAACGUCCCUAUGGGUGUCGCCUGGAACGGCAACAACAUCGGUGGCUCGACGAAGCGUGCUGUUGGUAUCGCUAUGCAUGUCGGAUUCGGUAACCUCGGAGGUGUCGUCUCUGGAUUCGUCUACCGAGCAAAGGACUCGCCGCGCUACUUCUCCGGUCAUGGUCUCCUGAUUGCGCUAGUCAGCAUGAGCUUCGUCCUCAGCUUCGUCAUGCACACAUAUCUCAAGCGCGAGAACGUACGCCGAGAGAACGCCAUGAAGGCUCUCGGCCUAACGCUUGACACGUACACAGAAGAGAUGAAGCACGCCGAACGCGAAAAGGGAGACAACGCUACGUUCUUCCGGUACACAGUCUAA